GAACAGCUGUAUUCUUUUCUUUUUUCUUCAUUAUUUUUUCCUUCAUAAAUGUACGAGAUCUCUUGUAAACCAUUAUUUGUUGUUAAUAUGACAGUGAAGAUUUGGUUGGUGUGAUAAACUAUGAAUCAGUUUUUCAUGCUUCCAUUCAUUUAUGAUAAUACAACUUUAAUGCAUUGAACUAAUGAUCUCAGAUUCAAACUACUUUUGCUUUGUCUAAUUAAUAAAAAAUACAAUAAAUUUAUUGUAUAUAACAUUUUUCCUUUCCUUUGAGCAUAAAGAAAUUCUCACUUUUUGGGAGAUGGGUUAGGUGGUUGAAAAGACUGGGAGUUGUUGGUGAGAGUGCCACUCCUCAUUUUUCAGCAGCAAGAGAGAACAUUAAGUAAGUUUUGAACAACACUACUGUCUCUCAUACCGUCACAUUAGUCUGUGGUUAGAAAACAUCGACGUGGAGCGGUAAUAAAACGUUCAGCAUUUAAGUGUGCGCAGACAAAAUUAUUCAUUUUAAAACAGCCUCCUAUUGUUAAGCAAAAGGGAAAACCCCAGACAAAGUAUUCACUUCAACCUAAUUCAAUAAUGGAAAAUGGUUAUACUUAUACAUCUGUUGAGAAAUUUAAAAAUAUAAAAAUGAAAAAUAAAUUAGAAUGCUUACAGUUUUCUUUAUUUUUUUAUGACAUCAUAUAUUUCACCCUCCUGUUUGACCUUCCUAUCUCACUAAAUACACACAUACUCACAUACUCACAGGUGUAUAAGAACCAUUUUCCAAGGUAAAUCAGUCCACAAAGUGUUUUUGGAAGAAUUGUCUAACAAUCAUGGGGACACCCGUGCCCACAAGUUCAUAGUCCAUUUGAGAAGGUGAGUCAACAACAACAGGGUCAAAUAGACCAUUCAAGAAAGAACCCACCCUCGUGACCAAAACAAAACAAGGCCUCCAGCAACUAUCCUCUCACUCUCUCUUGCAUUCUAUUGUGCCCCCGCAGUGACAGUGCAUGCAAGGUUUUAUUUUUAUUUGUUUUGAAAUUCUCACAAUAGAAUGCGGGAAUGCGUCUCCUUCAAGUCAUCGACUCCUUCAGCCACAGACCUUCCUCCUCCUCCUCCCCAUUCCGAAGGUACCAAAAUCCAAAAACCUAAAACCCCUUACACUGAUUCUGAUUCUGAUUCUGAUUCUGAUUCUGUUUGGACAAUACCUCACCGAAUGUUCGCCUUAUUUCUCAGGAAACUCAACCGAAGAAACACCUACCACAAGUCCCAAUGUCUCACGCGAAUUCGACCUCGCCGUGCAAGCGAACUCCUACAACGAGAUUCGCUCAAUGAUCCAAGCGCCUCCUCAACUAGACGAUGUCGAGGUCGAGGACGACGAGGAUUCGCACCACCGCCAAGUCCUCUCUCAGGUUCUUCAACCCGACUCACAGAGCGUCCGAGAAGCACUCGCCAAAUCCACCCCCAACAGCACCCUCACGCGCAUCGUUUCCACCUACUUCGACCACAGCGAAACCACCUCCGACUUCUGCCUCCGCCUCAGCCGCAGCAUCAACCGCGCCCGUGAAAUCUACGCGCCUCUCUUCGCAUUCCUCGCUGUUCUCCCCAUCGAUUCCCUCUCCCUCUCUCUCUCUCAACACCAAUGCAAUCACGCCUACGACCUCUUCCUCCAAUUCCACCGCCACGAAAACCCUUUCACAUUCUAUCGUUUGCAUCAAUUACGCGAGAGCUUCUCCGACCUCAAGCGCGACAUCCAGCGCGACCUCCGCAAGCGCCACACCCGAGCUCGCCUGCUCCGCCGUGCCACCGCCGGUUGUGCAAUUUGCAUAAUUGCCGCCACUGCCACUGCCAUUGUCUCCGCCGUAAUGGUUGCUGCCCAUGCCGCGGUAGGAUUCGCGGCAUUGGCUGUGGCGCCAUUUUGCAAUGGGUGUGUUCCUCGUUCUAAAAAGAGUGAGAGGAGGGAACUUGCUAGGUUGAAGCAGCUUCAGGCUGCGGAGAAUGGGACUCUUGUGGUGAACGAUAUUAACACCGUUGAUAGCCUCGUUGAUCGGCUUCAAACGGCCGUGGAAGGCGAUAAGGCUUUUGUUCGGUUUGCAUUGGACAGGGAUAGGGAUAGGCACCCCAUUCAGCAGGUGUUGAUGCAGCUAAGGAAGAACCAGCCAGUUCUGGAACAGUUGCUUAGGGAUCUUGAGCAACAUAUAUACUUUUGCUUUUACUCUGUUAACAAGGCCAGAUACGCGCUUCUCAAAGAGAUAUGCCUUCAUCAAACUUUGUAGUUAGUUCCUUUCUAACAAAUUUUUUUGGUUUCUUAUCAGAUAAUUGCCGGUGAUUCUAGAUUGUGCAAGCUAUUUAACAAUGCACAACUGACCCAUAAUUGAAGGUUUAGACUCUGUUUAUAGUUUGUGACGCUGAAUCUAUAUGAUAUACCCCAAAUUAACUUCCUUUGUUUUAAAGAACCCCUUGAUGCAUUCACCAUUGAGAUUCAUUCAUAUGUGAUAAUAGUGCGUGCCAACCUUUUAGUCACCAUCAAAAAAAUUUUAGAUCUUAGAUGAAGGAUUUUUGGUAUAGAGCAAUGGUCAAUAUUUCAGGAGAUUAGGGCUUUAUGCAUGGUAUGUAACCAUUGUUGUGGAUUCUGAUGCAAUUCAUAGUGUUAAUGUAAAUGCAAAUUUGUAGUAUUAUCAUUUUAUGGCUCUGUUGAUAACGCUAAUGAUGGAAUUCCUUUUGGAUUAUGCAUGUUGUGUUGUUUUAACCUUUUAGUCUGGUGAUGAUUCUGAUGAAUCUUUUUAAGUUAUAGAUUUUACCCAAAUGUUACUAAAUUUGGUUAUUUAUAAAUGGUUUGCUAGUUUUCCCUUAACAUGUCGGAACAGGAAUACAUGCAGUUUCUUUGUUUUUAGUACCAGUUGACUCUCUCCCAGCUAUUAUCGUUAUUUCAUUUUCUAAAAAGAUGGCGGAAAUGAAAGCUAUAUAUUAAUUUUGCUUUCUCAUUCUAAGUCCUGUAUUGCCUAUUAUUCAGUUCAAAUUCUUGCCCUAAAUGUUACAUUUUUUUUGUGAACAACUUUUGACCUUUUGUAUAAUUUGAGUUUUCACCUUGUUUUUUCAUUGUGAGCAUUUUUUAUUGUCUUUCAAGCUGAUUUUUUUUGUACACAAUAAAUAAUACCUUUUUUGUUCUCCCUAAUACCUGGUCAACUUGUACUUCAAUCCUUCCAUCUUAGUCAAAUUACGUUUCAAAAUAUUGUUACUACAUAUAUAGCUAAUACUACUUAUUUGUACCAUAAACCUGUCUCUGUUUGAUCCUUCCAGCCUUCCAGGUGAGCUUGGACCAUGAUAGAAUGAGAACUACUCGCUUGUAUUAUAAACCUGUCUCUGUUCAAUACAAUAUUUUAUGAUUUAUAUCGCAAGCCAGUUAUUUAGUGGAUGUUUGAUGAAAUUAUUGUGAAAAAAGUAAUAAUUUUAAAAGAGCUAUUUCCAAAGUUUUAAGUAUUAUUAAAAAACAAUCUUUUUAAGAUCUAACUGCUAAAAUUACAUUUGUAAAGUUAUUGCAUUCUAUGUAUUUGAAUGUGGUAUUCAUAGAAUUGGAUCAGGUAUAGGAUGAACUGAUGUAUUGUAUUGCAGAUACUGCCCUGGUCAGUAUCAACAUGGUACAGAACCAGAGGCCAAGAAUGAUACCAGUUGAACUCUCAUUCUCUCCAUAAUUCCAAGGUAUUUGAGAGGCUUGGUCUCUCGGAUCCCAGAUUCCAAUUCUAAGUCUAAAUUCUAGCUUCAAUUAUUUCCUCCUAUUCCUUAUAUACUUGUAGUCAUGUGAUCCAUGUAGCUGACUUCACAUAAUGAGAUAAGACCUUGUUGUUGUCGUCGUUGUAUUCCUUAUACACCUUCCACUAUUGUAUCUAAUGUUGAUAGUACAGAUGCUGACUUUAUUUAUAUACUGCCGUUUCCAUUUGGUAAUUUAUUAGGUUCAUUUGGCAGUGUAGAUUAAUUAUACUGCAGAAUUAUGUUGCAGACAUAAAUGCUUGACAUCUUUAGAAGUUGAAUAUCAGCAAAUUAGGUUAACUGGAACUUCUAAAAAAAUUUGUAGAUUACUGGUGGAUCAGGGGAGUGGGGAGGAAUUGGUUGAGGGGUAUCAGGUGUACUGAUAUAAUGAUUAACCCUACUGCUUUUGGCAGAGCAAAGAUAUUUUAGAUGAAUUGGGCACUAUAUCAUUAAGUUUCAGGCAACGAUUCCAUGGUGGGAAUCAUUUGGUUAUCUAUGACAUGUCCCAUCCUUUCAAAACUUGAGGGCGAGGUGAAAGUUUUGGGGAAGAGGAACGUAGUAAUGUUAGAUACAUGGCCCAAUUUCUCCUCAGUGGUUCUGGCAACAUUGUUUGGACCUUUCUGAGGUUCUAUUUGGCAAUGUGUGCGGAUUUUCUCCCUUAUUUCUUCUUUUACUCGUGCAGCUCCUGCUGUCUGUGGAACAACCUUUUGUAACUUUCUGAAUCGUGCUUCUUCAAUCCUCGCCAUCUCCACCCUUAGGUCAAAUGUUGUUUCAUCUGCCUGGAUAAUUGCACAUUUUUUGGUCGGUUUCUAGUCUCCAAGCCGCUGAAGCGUGGUUCACAUUCCGGGAUGCUAACUAAUUUCUUGUACCUAAGAACCUUCAUCCUCGCUUGUAUUUUCAUGGCCCCAAAUAUUACUGAUUCGCAUUACAAACGGAUGCCAAUAGAUCUAGAACAUAUUCAGGAUGGAACCACCUGAGCACUGCCUUCUCAAAAUCCACUAACUUCUGACUCUGCCAUUUCCACUCUGCCCACCACUUGAGAGAACCUCCUCUCAAACCCCUUACACUUACAGCCUUAAGUAGUCUCUUUACCUCGGUUGCUCCCAAGGCAUCGAAAUUCUGCUGUGUUAAGCAAUUGCCAGUAAGACUGCUUUGCAUGACUCCUCAUAUGUUGGGAUUAUUCUUCUAAUUCAGUUCCUCUAGCUCCAAGAUUCGGGCUCCGGAACCAGGUUACCGCAGCGAUGUUAUGUUAUAGAAAAAUGUUUCAACAAUAUCAAUGCCUUUUCUCCAAACAAUUUUUAAAAAAGAGAAAUGGAAAAAAGAAAGAAAAAAAAAAAAACUUACCAGUUAUUCAUAAACAUUUUACCCUUUCUUUUCGCCAUGACUAUGAUUAUUCAGGUCGAUUUGUGGCCAGUUUUGUAUAUCAAAAUAUAAUAUUGUAUAAAUACACAAGAAAGAACACAUU